CAACGCUGUCUGUCUUUGCCGUGGUUCGCGCAAUCUUGCUUUGGUGCCCAGAGCCCAGAAAGGCGCUUAUUCACACUAGCCCCGGUGCAUGCCUAACCCCCAUCGACCCUUCCUCGCCGCUCCUCUCUCUACCUACCUACUGUACACACACACAACUCUCCACCGCACCGCAGCCCGCGAAGCUGAGUGCUCCCUUGUCGAGCCGCUUCCUGAAUCUUCCUCCCCGACCCUCUUCUUCUUCUUGACUCUCCCUCUUGCUCACCUCCACUGCGUGUGUUCGCCCCCCGCCCCCUCACUGCUGCCCGCGUCGGUCCACCGUCACCUGCUCGGCCUUACCCACACCGCCUUGCCGGCAAAGCCUUGCUGACCGGCCUUCUCGCCCGCAACAGGCUGAACUUAACCCCACGAAAACCACCAAACCACCACAACCCUUUCCAACACCACACCUCACCACCCGCU